AUCAGGCCCGUCUAAUCACAGUCAACACAGCAACACAUGGACACACCACACAAGAGAAGCAUGAGGCAACACUGUGCACUCAAACAUGGAAUACUCAAGGAAUUCCUGGCAGAAUUCCUCGGCACCUUCGUUUUGGUGUUGUUUGGUUGCGGCUCGGUGGCCCAGACGGUCCUCAGUCGAAACACUUUGGGCGAGCCACUCACUGUGCACAUCGGCUUCUCUGUCGGGCUGAUGAUGGCCGUGUAUGUGGCGGGUGGAGUGUCAGGGGGCCACGUCAACCCUGCUGUGUCUCUGGCCAUGGUGAUUCUGGGCAAACUUAAAAUCUGGAAGUUUCCUUUCUACAUCAUCGCCCAGUUUCUGGGUGCGUUUGCAGGCGCUGCCGCAGUCUUUGGAUUGUAUUACGAUGCUUUCAUGGACUUUACCAGUGGGAUUUUCUCAGUGACGGGGAUCAAUGCAACAGGUCACAUUUUUGCGUCCUACCCGGCGAGACACCUGUCAGUUCUGGGCGGAUUCAUCGAUCAGGUGGUGGGUACUGGCAUGUUGGUUUUGUGCAUCCUGGCAAUUAUUGAUGGAGGAAACAUUGGAGCCCCCAAAGGUGUGGAGCCACUGGCCAUUGGCCUGAUCAUCAUGGCCAUCGGCGUGUCCAUGGAUCUGAACUGUGGCUACCCACUGAACCCCGCCAGGGACCUGGGACCCAGGCUGUUCACUGCUGUGGCCGGAUGGGGGAUGGAGGUCUUCAGCACGGCAGGCUACUGGUGGUGGAUCCCAGUGGCGGGGCCCAUGGUGGGGGGCGUGGUCGCAGCAGUCUUGUACUACGUGUUCAUCGAGCUUCACCACCACCGUGACGAGCCCGAGAAGCCCCGCGAGGAGGAGGGGGACGAGGAGGAGGAGGAAGACGAGGAGGACGAGGACUGCAGCCUGAAGGACAAAUAUGAGAUGAUUACGAUGAGCUAAACAAGAGACAUUCACGACCUGCGUGUGGUUUCAUUUACUCAUGUUAUGGUCCAUCAGACAAAGAAUCCCCGCUACAGCUUCCAUCUCGGUGUGUGUGCUUUUUGGUCGGCCUUUUGGCCUGCUCACAACAUUACAAAUAUAAUCUAAUACAACACUAAUGCUCCUUACGCAAAAUCGUUUUGCGUUAUGCAGAGACAGGAAUGUGGUUUUCUGUUGUAACAUGUUACAAAAAAAUAGAUAACUUGUAAAUACUGUACUGUCAGAUAUUAGGUAUUACACGCACAACAAUCUCCUGUAGGAUUUGCUCCUGUGAAUGAAUUUCCAGUGUAAUUUAUUAAUUUUUUAGUAUUGCUUGUAAUUUCUUAAAGGGGAACUGCACCUUUUUUUUUUUUUUUGCCUAUUUUUCCCAAUUAUUUAUGAAAAACAAGAUGACGGAUGGAUUCUUUUUUAAAGCAUUCUAACUCGUAAAUAAUUGUAAAUGGAGGGCAGUUUACAAUGGAGCCAAUGGGCGCCUAUAAAAUCCAAUAAAUAACAAUUCAAAAAGCGCAUUUUGUGACUUGAAUAUUAACCAAGUAUUAGUGAAAUAUUAACCAAGUAUAAGUGACAUUGUUAUUAUAAGCGCUAACGCAGACAAACUAUUUAUAGCGGUGCCGUGAUCCCGAGCUUGUGUGUCUAUGUUGACAUCGUUGGCUGGUGAUCUGCCUUCUCGUGUCGCAGCUCGUGGAAGUUUAUUCUAGAACAUAAAUCAUGCCUCCCAUCUUGAUAGUAGAAGGAUGAGGACGUAAUCCGACAAGUUGGUACACUUUGGCAUCCAAUUAAGACCCGGAAAUGGUGAGAAUGACACAAAAUGAUGCUUGGUUUCACCCCCCCUUUUUUCUUCGCAAGAAUUAUGAGUCAUUCUUCAUCUAAAUGGGAAUAUAUGAACAUCCAAGCAGUCGGCAUCCCAAUGACCGCAGACCUUGUACAGUAAGUGAUGUUUUAUUAUGUUUGUUGGCUCUCAUGAAGUCUGCAGUGAGUAAUCAGUGAUGUCGUCGAAGAUGUGAUACGUUUUUUAAACUAAUUUACUGUUUAUACCUAAAAUGAUCAAAAUACGUAAAUAUUAAAUGUUAUUAUAAAUGUGCCUGUUACUACAUUAUAUAUUAACUUACAUCAUGUAUAUAAAACCUUAAAGGAGGUGUUUGGAUGUUUUCUUAAUGACUUUACAGGCAGAAUAGAGCGACUACCAUAGGCUCCAUUGUGAGCAGACUUUUGAUAGCAUUUAUUUAAUGUUUAGAAAUUAAAAAAAAGACAAUCAUGUGUGUUCUUAAUGAUUGUGAAUGAUAGGCAAAAUUACCAAAAAAGUGCAGUUAUAUCCCUUUCAG